AUGACUAUACAUAAACCAUUACUCGUUUUAUCCGUACCGAGAUCAACGUCAACGGCAUUAGAGCGAGCGUUUAUACAACGAGAAAACUGUCACUGUUUCCACGAACCAUACUAUUAUGGACCUGAAAGAUUAUCGGAUAGAUACAAUGAUGAACAGAGAGCUGCUUCUGGAUAUGAAAACCUCACCUACCAGGAUAUAAUCGACCAAAUCAAGUCGAAAUCAAUGGAAGAUCCAGGCAGGUUGAUUUUUAUUAAGGAUAUGGCUGCUUAUCUUGUCAAACCUGAAUUGAUGGAUAAAGCUGAUGUAAUAAACCCAACCAUUUUAUCAGAUGAUCAAUUGAAGGAAUUUAGAUACGCUUUCCUCGUCAGAUCACCACGUAAAGCCAUUACAAGUUAUUACAGGGCAACAAUUGAUAAUGAUUGUGGUGAUUUCGGUGAAUUUGACCCAUCAGAAGCUGGAUUCAAAGAAUUACAUGCUAUGAUGAAAUACAUCAGAAAAUUAAAUCCAGAUGAUGGAAUCGCACUCAUAGAUAGUGAUGACUUGGUUAACAACCCUGGAAAGACAUUACAACUCCUCUGCGAUAAGGUUGGUAUACCUUUCGAAGACAACAUGCUUAGCUGGGAAAGUAAACGUAUUGAAGAAUUCGACAAAUGGAAAGGAUUCCACGAGGAUGCCCAAAACAGUACAGGUUUUAAGGCUGUCAAAAGGGAGAAAAUUGAUUUGCCGGAUUUCGUGGAAGAAGCAAUCAAAGAUAACGAAGAAACAUACAACCAGUUGCUCAAAUAUGCCCUCAAAUAAGGUUAAAAGUGUAUUCAAUUAAAAGAAAAGUUGUCAAUUAUUUAAUAUUAGAAAGUGUCGAUCCGACCAUCCA